AAGUGAAAUGCGCCGCGGAUAGACAUGGAGUGGUGAAAGCAUGGAGAGAGAGGGAAAAAAAAAAGAUGUCUUCCCCUUAGGUGAUGUGCGACGAUCGACGAGUGCGAUGAAUAUCUGUGCGACGACUCAAUGGAUUCGCCAUCUGCAAAGAUAGCGAGAGAAAUUUAUGCAGGCGAGUUAGCCAUGUGGAUUAUGGCUAUUUGUCUAUUUUUGAGAGUGGAUCAUGGAUACUUAUUUUUCUUUCUCGAGGCCGAUUUUGGACGGACGGGUUUAUACUUUGCUUUGCUUUCUCCCUGUGGACCUUGUACUAUAGGUGGUUCGUCGUAUAAUUUUAUGUUAUUUAAACUUUUGGAGACAUCGGAUAACCCGAUUGCGUGGCACUGUGUGUAAGCUUUUGGUCUGUUACCAUAGCGCUGUCUGCGUAAGACGUUGAAUCUUCGAUACUCGAGAAUUGAAGCCAUGAUAAACACUUAUGUGGUAAUAUAAGGAGAAUGGCAAAAAAGUAAAAAAUAAAGGAAACAAAGGCGAGAGGCUCUAAAAAGAGAGAGAAAAUAUAUCUAGAGUGAAAGCAAUAAAAAAAAAAGGUGUGAAAACGAAUACACUUACUGCACCAAGCCUAGUGAUCGAGCGAACGGAGCAGAAACAGAUCAAUCGAACCAAUAUUGUACAAACCGGAAGUAUAAAACUAGUCAAUUGCCGAGCAAACCCACAAGAGAGAUAAUCUGACAAGUCCACGUAAGUACUACCUGAGACUAAGACCCUCAACGCAUGUUCAGCCUUAUUCAUAAGCACAUGAUCAACGUAUCCGAUUUUUUAGGAGAUAAGAUGGUUACUUCCCCAACAGCAUCACUAGACUUACGUUCCAUCUGCCGUUUAGGAAUGUACAGUGAACACCCUCUAUAAGCAGUCACUAGAAUAAACCAUUUGAAUUACUUAUAUAAGUGGAUUGCUUAUAGAGGGCGUUUACUGUACUAAAAGAAUACACCAAAGAGAGAGAGAAAGAGAGAGAGAGAGAUUACGAAAACAUCUCACCAUC